UCUGAAAGAUGGUUUCGCCCACUCCUGCUCCAGAACGAGCAGGAGUGCUACCACUAUCCGCACUUGAGGGGGAGUCUUAUUUCCGGAUGUGACACUCGGUUUACGCGGAAAAGGAGGCUGCCGGGGCAGUGGAGCCUUGGCGGCGGAGAUGGAGAGUUCUGGUUACAGGGUGGUGUUUGAGAAGGGAGGCGUGUACUUGCACACCAGUGCCAAGAGACACCAGGACCCUGACUCACUCAUCGCCGGCGUCAUCCGUGUCGUGGAGAAGGACAAUGACGUGAUUCUACACUGGGCUCCUGUGGAGGAGGCCGGAGAUUCCACCCAAAUUCUUUUCUCUAAAAAGGAUUCCUGCAUAUCUGAGGAGGAACCGACCUUUGACCCUGGCUAUGAACCUGACUGGGCCGUCAUCAGCACUGUGCGACCACAGCCCUGCCACUCAGAGCCCAAAAGAGUUGCAGAGCCCAGCUCCUCCCAGGGCUCUUGGGCCUUCUCUGUGAGUCUGGGGGAGCUCAAGUCCAUCCGCCGUUCCAAGCCAGGCCUGAACUGGGCCUACCUGGUCCUGGUGACCCAGGCCGGAGGCUCCCUGCCUGCCCUGCACUUCCACCGUGGGGGCACCCGCGCCCUGCUCCGCGUUCUCAGCCGCUACCUGCUCUUGGCCAGCUCGCCACGGGAUUCCCGCCUCUACCUUGUCUUCCCCCACGACUCUUCUGCCCUUUCCAACUCCUUCCAUCACCUUCAGCUCUUUGACCAGGACAGUUCCAACGUGGUGUCUCGCUUUUUCCAGGAUCCCUACUCCACCACCUUCAGCAGCUUCUCCCGUGUAACCAACUUCUUCCGGGGGGCCCUGCAGCCACACCUGGAGGGGGCCUCCUCCGACCUUCCUCUGCCACCAGAUGAUGAGCCAGAGCCUGGGUUUGAGGUCAUUUCGUGUGUGAAGCUGGGGCCACGGCGGCCCGUGAAGCGGGCCCCCCCAGUCACAGAGGAGGAGUGGGCCCUUCAUGUGGGCCCUGAGGGCCGCCUGCAGCGGGUCCCUGAGCUGAAGGCCCGGAUCUUCUCGGGGGGUCUGAGCUCCAGCCUAAGGCGUGUGGCCUGGAAGUUCCUCCUGGGGUACCUCAGCUGGGAGGGCUCAGCUGAGGAGCACAGGGCCCACGAGCUCCAGAAAACGGACGAAUAUUUCCGCAUGAAGCUGCAGUGGAAGUCCGUGAGCCCUGAGCAGGAGCGGAGGAACUCGUUGCUGCAUGGGUACCGCAGUCUCAUAGAGCGAGACGUGAGCCGCACCGACAGGACCAACAGAUUCUACCAGGGCCCUGAGAACCCAGGCCUGCACCUGCUGAACGACAUCCUCCUCACUUACUGCAUGUACAAUUUUGACCUUGGCUACGUCCAGGGAAUGAGUGACCUCCUCUCCCCGAUUCUCUAUGUCAUUCUGAAUGAGGUGGAUGCCUUCUGGUGUUUCUGCGGCUUCAUGGAGCUUGUGCACGGGAACUUUGAGGAGAGCCAAGAAACCAUGAAGCGGCAGCUCGGGCAACUCCUGCUGCUCCUGCGGGUGCUGGACCCGCCACUGUGUGACUUUCUAGCCCGAAGGUACUCAGCUCUCUUGCUUCGUGGGCCAGCGAGCCUAGGUCUGCCAAGUACCCAGAGGCACUCUGCUCUGCCAGCAGGCCUCCUGCCUGAAGGCUCUCAACUCUCACUCCGUGGGCCAGAAUGCCCAGCAUGCCAUCUCCUGCUGGUUUCCUGAUUUUGCUGCUGCCAGUUGUGUGUCAUGCCUGCUGCCGCUCCUCGCCAUGUGGUGCCAUCACCGGUGUUACAGCUCUUUGUAUCCUUUGCCUAGUGACUCCAACAUGAUGACUGGGUAAGACUAUGUAAAUGAGGUACCUGGGCCCACCAAAGAGACUGGACAGCUUGCUAAUAAUCCAAAUAAGGUGCAUGGAACCCUGAGGGCAGAAUAUGCAAAUAAGAUGUAUGGAGCCCUAACAAGGAGAUUGGUCGGUUUUGCCAUCCUGCUAGGCUUAAAAGAACUAAUUCCAGAACCAGGGCUGGGGAGGGAACCUCACUACCACCAAGAAAGAAGAGCCAGGAGUGGGGUGCGUUCUUUGGACCCAGGGUCCCUACACUGAGAACCUCCUAGACCCAUGAGACAGAGAGAGCUGUAGCACCAGAGACAACACGAGACGGUGAGAUGUGGCAGCAAGCAUUGCAGAGAACCAGCAGCAGCAGAACGAAGAGACCAGCAGGAGAUGGUGCUGUGGGUUUCCUGGCCCAAGGAGCGAGAGAGCUGAGCACCUUCAAGCAGGAGGCUUGCUGGCGGAGUGGGGUGCCUCCGGGAACUUGGUGGAGCUAGGCUCCCUGACCCACAGAGCAUGAGAGCACCUUUGGGCAGGAGGCUUGCUGGCGGAGUGGGGUGCCUCUGGGCACUUGGUGUCAGAAUUGGUAAAAAGGUUGAAGAGAGAGAUUAUGUUUGAGUUCUGCUUCAUAGGAAUAAGCUUUGGACUAAUGCUGGUGGUGGUUCUGUCCCCGCCAUGUGAAGUUAGAGAAGGUCAGGUGCCCCCACCACAUCAUUUUACAUCAGCUGUCCCUCCCAUGGCACUUUCUACUUCUCUGCUGGGUUCCAUAAUUCCUUGUCAUGACCAUGUAGAACUUAUAGACAGUACUCACAAUUACGGGGUUUAUUAGGGAAGUAACAGGUUACAGUUCAGGAUCAGGAAUGACUCAGGUUACAGCUCUUUGGUCAACACAGCUUCUUGGCCAUGCCCAUAGGCAGGCCCCUCCCUGGCCUUUGGCCUUUUGGUCCCUCAGGCCUCUUGGGCUAGCCUGGCCUCUGCCCUGUUCGGGCAGGCUCUUUAGCUCCACUGAUAAGUGCCAAGAGUCACUAAGCUUUGACCCGAAGGUACUCAGCUCUCUUGCUCUGUGGGUCAGCAAGCCUAGGUCUGCCGAGUACCCAGAGGCACCCUGCUCUGCCAGCAAGCCUCCUGCCUGAAGGCUCUCAGGGCUCACUCCAUGAGCCAGAAAGCCCACUGUGCCAUCUCCUGCUGGUUUCUUGGUUUUGCAGCUGCCAGUUAUCUGUCAUGCUUGCUGUUGUUUCUCACUGCAUGGUGCUAUCACUGGUGUUACAGCUUUUUGUCUCUUUUGUCUAGAAGACAUCAAGCACAGGGACCCUGGGUACAAAGGGUAUGCCGUGCUCAUAGCUCUUCUUUUUAGUGGUAGUGAGAUUUCCUCUUUCUACCUCUGGGAUGGGUCAUUUUAAGCACAGCAGGAUGGCAGAACUCAACAAUACUCGCUAGGGUUUCAUACAUCUUACUUGCAUUGUCCCGCCCCCACAAGGGUGUCAUGUACCUUCUUUGCAUUAUUAGCAAGCUAUCCAAUCCCCUUGGCAGGCCACAAGCACCUUAUUUGCAUAGUCCUACCCAAUCAUCUCCCCACAUGUCUGUCAGUUGGUUGUACUGUGGUGGCUUGCAUGUUGCUGUGAUGUUGGAAGCUGUGCCACCAGUAAUUCAAAUACCAGAAGGGUCACACAUGGUGCACAGGUUUCACUGGAGCUUCCAGAGUAGGAAGAAGGACCUGGCGGUCCACUUCUGCAAAAAUUGGCCAGUAAAAGCCUUAUGAGUGGAACAUUGUCUGAUACAGUUCUGGAAGAUAAGCCUUUCAGGUUGGAAGGCACUCAAAAUAUGACUAUGGAAGAGCUGUCUCCUCAAAAUAGAGUUGACUUUAAUGAUGUGGGUGGAGUCAAGCUUUUGGAAUCUUCAUUUGCUGAGGUGGGUGGCAUGACUCAAAGUGAGAAGAAACAGCUGCAAACAUCCAUUAAUAACUGAAACAUGGAACAUACAAAGUAUGAAUCUAGGAAAAUUGGAAGUCAUCAAAAAUGCAGUGGAAUGCAUGAACAUCAAUAUCCUGGGCAUUAGUGAGCUGAAAUGGAUUGGUAUUGGCCAUUAUGAACCAGACAGUCAUAUGGUCUACUAUGCCGGGAAUGACAGAUUGAAAAGGAAUGGCGUUGCAUUCAUUAUCAAAAAGAGCAUUCUGGGAUCUAUCCUGAAGUACGAUGCUGUCAGUGAUAGGGUAAUAUUCACAUGUCUACACGGAAGACCAAUUAAUACAACUGUUAUUUGAAUUUACACACGCAACCGCUAAUUUCAAAGAUGAGGAAAGAUUUUUAUCAACUUCUGCAGUCUGAAAUUGAUCAAACAUACGAUCAGGAUGCAUUAAUAAUUACAGGUGAUUAAAACGCAAAAGUUGGAAACAAGGAUCAGUGACUGGAAACUGGCCUUGAUAGAAAUGAUACCAGAGAUUGCAUGAUAGAAUUUUGCGAAACCAACGAGUUCUUCAUUGCAAAUACCUUUUUUCAACAACCUUGCCAGAUGGAAUACAUAGGAAUCAAAUGGACUACACUGGUGGAGAGAGAUGAUGGAUAAGCUCAACAUCGUCAGUCAGAACAAGGCCAGGGGCUGACUGCAGAACAGACCAUCAAUUGCUUACAUGCAAGUUCAAGCUGAAGCUGAAGAAAAUUAGAGCAAAUCCACAAGAGCCAAAAUACGACCUUGAGCAUAUCCCACCUGAAUUUAGAAACCAUCUCAAGAAGAGGUUUGAUGCAUUGAACACUAAUGACCGAAGAACGGAUGAAUUGUGGAAUGACGUGAAAGACAUCAUACAUGAACAAAGCAAAAGGUCAUUAAAAAGACAGGAAAGAAGAAAUAAUGAAGUAAAAGAGCUGAACAGAAGAUUCCAAAGGGUGGUUUGAGAAGACAAAGUAAAGUAUUAAAUUAAGUGUGCAAAGACCUGGAAUUAGAAAAACGAAAGGGAAGAACACGGUUGGCAUUUCUCAAGCUGAAGGAACUGAAGAAAAAAUUAAAGUCUCAAGUUGCAAUAUUGAAGGAUUCUACAGGGAAAAUAUUGAAGGACACAGGACCGUCAAAAGAAGAUGGAAGGAAUACACAGAGUCACUGUACCAAAACGAUUUGAUUGAUAUUCAGCCAUUUCAGGAGGUAGCGUAUGAUCAGGAACCGAUGGUACUGAAGGAAGAAGUCCAAGCUGCACUGAAGGCAUUGGCAAAAAACAAGGCUCCAGGAAUUGACCGAAUACCAAUUGAGAUGUUUCAACAAACAGAUGCCAUGCUGGAGGUGUUCCCUUGUCUGUGCCAAGAAAUUUGGAAGACAGCUUCCUGGCCAACUGACUGGAAGUGAUUCAUACUUGUGCCCAUACCAAAAAAGUGAUCAACAGAUUUGCGGAAAUUUUGGAGUGAUCUAUGAUUAGAAAUCAACUCGAUGGCAGAGGGUUUGGGGUUUUUUUUUUUUUUUGGUUUAUCGUUAAUGUGACACAGAAGUAAAAUUUUGCUGAAGAUGAUUCAAAAGUGGUUGCACUACAGCCGAUGACUGCCCUGACAGGGAAGACAACAGAACCCCUGAGGGAGCAGGAGAGCAGUGGGAUGCAGACCCCAAAUUCUCGGAAAAAGACCAGACUUAAUGGCCUGACUGAGACUAGAAGGACCCUGGUGGUCGUGGUCCCCAGACCUUCUGUUAGCCCAGGACAGGAACCAUUUCCAAAGCCAAGUCUUCAGACAUGGAUUGGACUGGACAAUGGGAUAGAAAAAGAUAGUGGUGAAGAGUGCGCUUCUUGGAUCACAUAGACACUUGAGACUAUGUUGGCAUCUCCUAUCUGGAGGGGAGAUGAGAGGGAAGGGGGGUUAGAAGCUGGCAGAAUGGACACGAAAAGGGAGAGUGGAGGGAAGGAGCGGGCUGUCUCGUUAGGAGGAGAGCAAUUAGGAGUAUAUAGCAAGGUGUAUAUAAAUUUUUUUGUACGGGAGACUGACUUGAUUUGUAAACUUCCACUUGAAGCACAAUAAAAAUUAAAAGAAAAAUCCUCGAGAAAAAAAAAGUAGUUGCAGCAGCAGUACAUUGACAGGGAACUGCCAGAAGUUCAAGCUGGAUUCAGAAGUGGACGACAUGGAACAAGGGAUAUCAUUGGUGAUGUCAAAUGGAUCUUGGCUAAAAGCAGAGAAUACCAGAAAGAUGUUUACUGGUGUUCUACUGACUGUGCAAAGGCGUUUGACUGUGUAGAUCAUAACAAAUUAUGGAUAACAUUACGAAGAAUGGGAAUUCCAGAACAUUUAAUUGUGCUCAUGAGGAGCCUGUACAAACACCAAGAGGCAGUUGUUCAAACAGAACGAGGGGAUACUGCAUGGUUUAAAGUCAGGAAAGGUGUGCAUCAGGGUUGUAUCCUUUCACCAUACUUAGUCGGUAUGCUGAGCAAAUAAUCUGAGAAGCUGGACUGUAUGAAGAAGAACAGGGCAUCAGGAUUGGAGAAAGACUCAUUAACAACUUGCAAUAUGCAGAUGACACAACCUGGCUUGUUGAAAACUGAAGAGGACUUGAAGCCCAUUCUGAUGGGGAUCAAAGACUACAGCCUUCAGUGUGGGUUACACCUCAACAUAAAACAAAAAUCCUCUCAGCUGGACCAAUAAGCAACAUCAUGAUAAACAGAAAGAUUGAAGUGGUCAAAGAUUUCCUUUUACUUGGAUCCACAAUAAACGCCCAUGAAAGCAGCAGUCAGGAAAUCAGACGACAUAUCGUAUUGGGCAAAUCUGCUGGAAAAGACUUCUUUAAAGUGUUCAAAAACAAAGAUGUCACUUUGAUGACUAAAGUGUGCCUGAUCCAAACUUUGGUAUUUUCAGUUGCUUCAUAUGCAUCUGAAAGCUAGAACAGUGAAUAAGGAAGACCAAAGAAGAACUGAUGCGUUUGAAUUACGGUGUUGGCAAAGAACGUAUAAAUUUGUCUUAGAAGAAGUACAGCCAGAAUGCCCCUUAGAGGUGAGGAUAGCGAGACUUAGUCUCACAUAUUUUGGACGUGUUAUUAGGAGGAACCAGUCCCUUGAGAAGGACGUGCUUGGUCAAGCAGAGGGUCAGCAAAAAAGAGGAAGACCCUCAAUGAGAUGGAUUGACACAGUGGCUGUAACAGUGGGUUCAAACAUAAAAACAAUUGUGAGGAUGGCACAGAACCGGGCAGUGUUUCUUUCUGUUUUAAAUAGGGUCGCUGUGAGUUGGAACCAGCUUGGGCGGCACCUAAUUACAACCGAAUCAUUUGGUGGAGUUACCAGACCAUGGCGAGAAGGGACAUAAAAGCGAUCCAUUGCAUCACAAGCACUCUGUGCCAGGUGCAAAGCCAAAUGCUUUAUGGAUGUUUCCUUCUUGAAGCUUUAUGACUAUCCUGGGGAAGGAGACAUACCUGGGCUCCCUUCAUCCAAGAGGAAACUGAAGCCUAGAAUGUACCUGUCACUUCCUGGGCUCCUUAGACCUAAACUCGCCGCAUAUUAUUAAAAGUCUUCUACAUUCUAUCGAUUGCAGGGUAUUUUGUCUGUACUUUAAUUUAUUUGGAGUCCCUGGGUCAUUCAAACAGUUAAUACUCAGCAGCUAACCGAGAGGUUAGAGGUUCGAGUCCACCCAGAGGGACCCCAGAAAAAAGGCCUGGUGACCUAUUCCUGAAAAACCAGCCAUUGAAAACCCUAUGGAGCACAGUUCUAGUCUGACUCGCAAGGGGUUACAAUGAGUCAGAAUCUACUGAUGGCAACUGGUUACUGGCUUAAUUCAUUUUACCUGAUCUCUUAGACAUUUAGGUUAUUUGCAUUUUUUUUUUUUUUAAAUUGUGGUCUGGAUGAUGUCUUUACAUUCUUUUGCAUCACUGCCUUCCUGAAAAGUUAUACAAACAUAUUUUUGU